AUGCUGGUAAUAAGGGCUGGUGAGAUUGUAGCCCAGGCCCAGUGUGCGGUCGCACGCGUGUUAUGCACGCACCCGUCUUUAUGGGUUAGCUGGGUUAGCCGUCGUGUUUGCAGGCGUGUUGACAGGCCCCGUACGUGGCCGGGUACGUCCCGACGUAUGAGUGGGGGAUAUGAUGGGUAUAAGGGGCUGGUGAGAAUGUACCAUGCCCAGUGUGAGGUCGCACGCGUCUUUGGGUUAGCCGGCGUGUUGACAGCCCCGUACGUGCGGGUCGUCCCGACGUAUGAGUGGGUGAUAUGA